CCAGGCCUGAACGUAUAGCCCGUUAAAAAGGGCACCAACAACAAUCGCUUUUGGGAUUUAUAAUGAAUGUUUGGACCGCAUGAGUUCAUUCGCAACCGCUUGGAAAUUUAGCUGCUUUCUUAUCUGAAUGAACAAGAAGAAGAAGUUCUAACCUACAUGUUCUGCUUCCUAUACAAUUGUGGGAGGCAAAAGGGGAGGAACGGUGAUGAUAUGACAGGUCUUACUUCACGCGAAAAAUGUAUCAAAUUGCGCCGUAAAGAAAAUUGGGAUGCUGGUUCUGACAUCUAGCGGCGAUAAAAAGAACUAGAACGAAAUACUAUGAAAAGCAGACGUCUUUGCCGACCAUUCCGCCAGUCACUCUUGCUUUCAAGUUAGUCUCAUCAACAACUGAACUUCAACGCAUCAUCUUGAAAAUGUUCGUAUUCUUGAAGGAUAAGUCGAUCGAUUGGUCUUCUCUACAAGAUUACACCUUCAUUCUGCCAGCAGUUUCUGUCGGGAAUAUUGGCCAGCUUUCGGUGGACUUGCUCAUCAGCUCGCUGCGCUGCGACAAGCUUGCCAAGGUAGAUCAUCCCAUCUUUGUGCCUGUAGUUGGUAGUGAUCCGUAUGAUGACAUUCGUGAGCAAGACCUCAUGACAGCAGCAGAGCUCUACAUCAGCAAAGAGAAGAAAUUGGUGAUUUUACAAAUACGUGGACUUCUCAUCAAAGAAUUCUGUGCUGAUUUUUUAGCCAAGCUAGUGGACUGGAUCAAAAUAUGUUCUUUUACCAAGACGAUUCUCUUGUCCAGCCUGUACAAUUACGAACGAGUUGAUUCUCAACUUACCGGCUCGCCAUUUCGCUAUACGAUCACUUCCUCUGUGAAGUCGACAGUUGAAGAGGAAUUAAAAAAUUUGCAGUGGUCUGCCUUAGAAACCCGCCGUUCGGUUUGGAAAGAGGGAACCGAAGAAAUUCUUUUCUUCCCCGGUGGGGGAUACACGAACAUGCUGAAUAAAUUAUGUGGCAAAAUGAACAUUCCGUUGGUAACUCUUCUUAUAUUUUGCGCCGAGGGCGACAACAUACCAGGAGUUUUGUUGAUAACAGGCCAUCUAAAUCGAUGGCUGAAUUUUGUACGGAUGGCAAACGAUACUCCUGGCUGGAAGUUUCCUGCUUCUUGGAAAUUGUUCUUUGGUGCUCCUCCACCCUUGACCAUGUAUUGAUGAAACCUUAAAUAACCACAAGGCAAAGGGAGUAAAAUAAUAAAAAGGUGCAAUUGGC